CAGCUGAAAAGUCUUGGUCAUAUUUGAAUCUGAAUCUGUAUCUGUGUUAAGCAAGCAUGGCGGAUUGUGCGAGGAAGUUCCUCCUAGCUACCGUAUUAGCUCUAUUAUGUUUCUCAUGGACAAUCGCAGCCUCUGACGGGCCAUUUAUUGUCGCACACAAGAAGGCCGCUCUUACUCGACUCAAAUCCGACAUCGAACGGAUUUCCAUCUCCAUCGACAUCUACAACGAAGGAUCUGCGACGGCAUACGAUGUGAGUCUUUAUGAUGAUAACUGGUCUCAAGAUGUAUUUGAAAUUGUCGCUGGUAACACAUCCAUGUCAUGGGAAAGGCUGGACGCUGGGGCUUCUCUCUCCCAUUCCUUUGAGUUGGAAGCUAAGAAAAAAACAGUGUUUUAUGGGGCACCAGCGGUCAUAACAUUCCGUAUUCCCACUAAGGCUGCUCUACAGGAGGCAUUCUCAACUCCGAUCCUCCCUCUUGACAUACUAGCUGAUAGGCCUCCGGAGAAGAAGUUUGACUGGGCAAAGGUAUGACAUCUUCCUACAAUA